UGUUAUACAGUGGGACCAGGAGGCUAUGAAUGGAUGCAGUGAGAAUCCGUGUGCUGGCUGUAUCAGCUGUGUGAUAUAACAAAGCAUUUUAGGCUAGUAUUACGAAAUACCUCAACGCCAGCAAUGGUAAUUAAAUGCAAAGUGGGUGUCUGGAUUUUACUGGUCUUAUGUACAGCUUCUACAGAACAAUCUAAAGCCGCUUACGGCGUUAAAAACUCGCAUGUACCUAUUAUCAAAGACUCGCCCUCGCAUAAGACAGCCAACACAUCUAAUAACAAGAGCCCACCAUUACAAAGUACAAAUGACCCGGGAAAUCUUAACGCUCCAGCAGUAUCUAGAAGUCCAUCUGCCUAUAAUACUACUGAACCGGAUAUACACCUUUUUAAAAAGCAAGUUACUGGACGUCCUCCAUCGUACACCACCGGAAGUACACCAGUGUACAGUACCGGAAGUUCAACAGUGUACAGCUCCGGACGUCCAAAAGUGUACAAAACCGGAAGUCAACAAUUGUACAAUACCGGAAGUCCACAAGUCCAGGGUACCAGAAGGCAACCUAAUCAAAAUUCACCAGUUCCGUGUACAGAGGAUAAAAAGGUGCAUAAAAAAGUGCCCGAAAAGGUGGAAGAGAAGGUGCAUCGCCUCAGAAAUCCGUUACACAGCAAUAUCAGAAUUCCUAUUGUACACAAUAUAACCCAUACUUCCAAAGGAGGGAGGAAUCAGACACGAGAAUUUAUAACCAGGAAAAUACUAAAGAAGAAAAUGACUGGGACUCAAUACACUGGAGUAUACCUCAUACCGGAUAUGCUGUGUUCUUUGUGCUCGCGUCAGUCAGAGAGGAGAGGGAGAAGACAAAGAUGCAAGAAAAUGUUUUGUUACAAGUAAGAAAUGUGGAACAUGAAUGUGGAUGGUGCCGGAAGCGAUGGUGUAGAGAUGGAGAGAAUUUGCGGUGAACACUGAACAUUUACUUAAACAAACGGGAAUUGUCAAAGAAACACAACUAAACUUCAGAUAUAUUAAUUCGAAUCAUUUGAAACAUCUAACAACAAUGACAAAAUCGAAGGAAGAGUGUAGCUAUUUGACUGGAGUUUGAGAAAUACCUGACCAAUCAAUGCGUUAAUGCGUUCCACAAAGGGGCGACAACCAUGUUAUAAUUAAGCAUUUUCAUUUCACGGUACAGCGACCCCGAUAUGAUUCAGAUUCAGAUUCAGAUAUGUUUAUUAAAG